CUCAUGUGUCUCGUCUCUCUCACCAACCCUUCUCCUCUUCUCCUUGGUUUUCUUGGAUUGUCUCAUUGUGAUGUUCAAUUUUGGCGAUGAGCUGACAAUCCAAAGUUACAGAAUCCCAUGGCUAAUCUGGAUCCAACUGCUCAUCAUGUUCCUCAUCAUCGUUUUUCUCUACUGUUGUAGCAUCAUUGCUUUUGAAUUCUCCGAUGACUCCGCCUCCGCCUCGCGAUCAGUUGGCCUAUUCACCUCCGCUAGGUCCGACGUCGACAAGCCACUUUUCAAUUCCACCGCCGGGACCAUCACCAGCUCACAUCAUUCCAAGGCAGGAGGCAGCCAAAGCAGAAGAGGGGAGAGAGCAACAAGCACGAGCAGAAGAAUAGCAAGAGGAGAAGACAUCCUAGAAAGGGAGGCCUCUUGUGAUAAGGAUGUCACCCAUAUUUCCUUAUCCGAAACCUCCCACCAUCCCUGCCACUACAUCAGGCUUGCUAGACAGGUAUUUCUUAAGUGUUUGGGCCUCGAUACCACCUCCGACGAUUCUCCAAACCCAGAACGAAGAAGAGACACCUGAUCAAAGUAUUCCUGUUGCUGUCUAGGAAUGGAUUUUGUUACCAUUUUCCAUAUUCCCAUCAAGCGAAUUGAUACUGGAUCACAGCUGUAAAGCUUUUAAAAAGGGGGUCCAAGAACACCAUCUGACGCUUGAGCAGCCUAACAAUGGAGAUCACCGAUAAGGAGUUGGGCAAUAUACAAGGUGAGAAAUGAGAUUUGAACAUUUUGGGCAUUUGCUUUUGGUCUGGUCAAGGUUCAAGAUCAAUGCAGUUCCUGUUCUAUUUGCCAUCUUUUUUUUAAUGGUAUGGCAUGCUUUUUGAAAAGAUUAGAAUCUGUAAUUUUGAGACCUGUAGGAUCUGGAUGAUGAUGACUGAUUUGAAUUCUCAUUUCGAGAUCAUACAGUAUUGGCCUUAGAAUUUGGUCUUUCAUGUAUGUAUGUUCUUAUUCAGUUAGAAAAUAUAAUAAUAAUAAGAAAAAAAAAUUGUAUUUGGCCUAGGAAA